CCAGCUGAGUGUGUGCUCCCAGCUUUUCCCUGUGUGGCUUUCUUGCACUUUCUCAGGGUAACUUGGUGAGCCAUCUCACAGCAUCUUACUCCUGCUUUUUGCAGGCUUUAAGCAUUCCUUGGGCCUGCUGAGCAUUUUCUACUUCAGUGGGAGUGACAAAUGUGACAAUCUUGGGCAAGUCUGUGAAGCAAGAUGCUGAAGAAAGAUGCUGCAGCUGACACAGGACUGUGGGUCUGAGCACCCAGCUGUGUCCCAUGGCUUUCUGGAGGCCAGAAUGAUCUCUUAUGGUCUUGAUGAACUUUUAGAGGAGUUUUUGGGUUUUCAGUUUCUUCAGUCCUUCAACAAUUUUCCUUGCUUGUGCAUAAAGAUGUAGCUGAGCCAUGCAGGCAGAAGCUGUGUGGUUUGUACUCUGGGAUUCACAUCCUGCUUCUGCCACAGACUUUCUGCAUGAUCUUCAUCACCACAUGCCUCAAUUCCUCCACCUGGAACACACUGCUCAUAAUUAUCCUUGUCUCCUCCAUAGCAGGAUUGAAUGAGGUGAAUUCAUAAGCAGCCUGUAGAGCUGUGCCAGAACUUGGUACUAAUGUUGCUCGUGUUUCUGUAUGAGACAACCCCUCUUUCUCAGGGAAGGAUGGUUCUCCUGGACAGGACUAAGGCACACUGAGAUGUCAGAGGGACGAUGCAAGCAGGAUACUUGAGCACUGAGACUGGCACCAAUCCAUCCCUGCUUGCUUUCCCAAUCAGAAACGGAAUCCAAAUGAACAAAUUAGCAUUUAGAUUUACGUGCUCUGCCCAGUUAGAAGUGAUUAUGAUCAUUCAAGCAGGGCAUUUUUAACUGGCCAGAGGAGGACAAGCCCACGAUUUGUAAAGUGGAGAGCCUAGGACCUAAUUAUGCCAAUGGCCUUGGAUGCCUUUUGGUUCCUGACAUCCCAGAGGAGCCAGCCUGCACUGUGUGCUCUGUACACUCUGCUUCUGACCCUCUUAACACUGUGAGCUUCCCCUGCAUUGCACCUAAGGGGCUAUUUUACAUCACUUACUUGUAAUUAAUAGAGAGGCUUGCCCUGCUGUCCCAGGGGGCUUUUUCCUUCCAUCCAGCUUUUGCAAUUUGAAAGCUGAAGAAGGGGGAUCUGGGAGUCUUCUCCUUGAGGAACAGGGCUACCAGAUUGCUGAGCUGACUCAGUGCUCAUGCUGGGCACUGAUUAAACACGGGGAGCCAGUUCACCUCCAGAAGUCUUUAUUUGGGGUGUGGUGAGAGAAGUGGUGCAUUUUAGCCUUGGUGAAACCAAUAGCAAAGCUUCCUCUGACUUUAGGAGUGCCAGGAUGUUUCCUUAGCUCCUUCAUCUCCAGAGUGCUACAAAGGUGGGGAGCAUUUCUUCAAAAGCAGAGGGGAAGCCCAAGCAGAGUGGGGUUCCCUGCUUCUCUGUGCUGCCCAGAUCCUGGGAUUGGGGUGGAUGUAAUCCAGACACUUUCAGCAAGGCUUCUUAGCCUUGCCUCUUCCCUGGAAGUCCCUGGGUUCCUCUGAGCUGCAGUGACCCUCCCUGUGGGUGUCUCCUCACUGUUCUCACAGGGCUGCACAGGACGUGGCUGCUGAGCUUUGUGUGAUGCUCCCGAGGUCGGCUGCCACGUUGCUUCCCACCAGGAACCCCCCCAGAAAGCCAACAAAGGCUGCAGGCUCGUGAGAGAGACAGUGGUGCAGGCAGAGAAACGUCUGUGAGAGCUGAGAGCAGGGUAGGGACAGCUGUGCUGGGCAAGUUGUGUAUCCAGCCAGGAGGGAAAUGUGAGCAAGAAGCUGGAGCAGGGCAGUAGGAGCUUUGCUGCCCAUCUGGUGCCCACUGCUGCUCCAGAGGAUCUCCUGAGUGCAGUGGGUCAUGGAGCUGACAGCCCUUACAGCGUCAGCAGCAGCAGAUGGCGCGCCCGAUCCAGGUGAAGCCUGCGGACAGCGAGAGCCGUGGAGGGGACAGGAAGCUCUUUGUGGGCAUGUUAAAUAAGCAGCAGUCUGAGGAUGACGUGCUCCGGCUCUUUGAACCGUUUGGGGUCAUUGAUGAAUGCACGGUGCUCCGUGGACCCGAUGGGAACAGCAAAGGCUGUGCUUUUGUAAAGUUCUCAUCUCACACAGAGGCUCAGGCAGCAAUCCACGCACUCCAUGGCAGCCAGACAAUGCCCGGUGCCUCCUCCAGUCUAGUGGUGAAGUUUGCUGACACAGAUAAGGAGAGGACCCUGCGCCGUAUGCAGCAAAUGGUGGGGCAGCUGGGCAUUUUCACUCCAUCUCUCUCCCUGCCGUUCAGCCCAUACAGCGCCUAUGCGCAGGCUCUGAUGCAGCAGCAGACCACGGUUCUCUCCACCUCCCACGGCAGCUACCUGAGCCCGGGCGUCGCCUUCUCCCCGUGCCACAUCCAGCAGAUCGGUGCCGUCAGUCUCAACGGGCUGCCAGCCACUCCCAUUGCACCAGCGUCAGGGCUACAUUCACCACCUCUCCUGGGAACAGCGGCCAUGCCAGGACUGGUGGCACCCAUUUCCAAUGGAUUCACUGGAGUGGUACCAUUCCCAAAUGGGCAUCCAACCUUGGAAACAGUUUACACCAAUGGCCUUGUGCCAUAUCCAGCCCAGAGCCCUUCAGUAGCAGAGACUUUGCACCCAGCCUUCACAGGAGUUCAGCAGUAUGCAGCUGUGUAUCCAACCACCACCAUCACCCCCAUUGCACAGAGCAUCCCUCAGCAGCCUCCCAUCCUGCAGCAGCAGCAGCGAGAAGGUCCUGAAGGCUGCAAUCUCUUCAUCUACCAUCUCCCCCAGGAGUUUGGAGACAAUGAGCUGAUGCAGAUGUUCCUGCCCUUUGGCAAUAUCAUCUCCUCAAAGGUGUUCAUGGAUCGUGCUACCAACCAGAGCAAGUGUUUUGGUUUUGUGAGCUUUGACAACCCAUCCAGUGCACAGACUGCUAUCCAGGCCAUGAAUGGCUUCCAGAUUGGCAUGAAACGCUUGAAGGUCCAGUUAAAACGGCCCAAGGAUGCCAACCAUCCCUACUGACAGCAGUGAGCACGCAGGAGUCACUUCUGCAGCACAGGUGAAGGGAAAGUCCAGAGGAAGAAUUUCUGCUUCAGGUUGAUUUUCAGAGAGGCCAGUAAAUUUAUCGACUCUUUUGACACCACCCCUUUCCUUCCUCGGCUUCCCACCUUACCCACCCCAUCUUCCUCCUCCCCUCCUCUCCAAGACAUGCAAUUAAAGAGAAGGCUCAAUAUCUGCCCAGGAGGAAGAUUUUUGCCACGCCUGGACUCGCAUAUUUGCUGCUAACGUGGUGCAAAGCAAAGGGACCAGCAAACCAGCAGCCCCUGGGACACGGAGCUCUUCCUCUCGGGGUGUGGCUGGAGAACAUGGACCAAGCAAACCCAUGGUGUGUCUCUAGGUUACUGCAGUGAUGUGUGGAAAUUUACUUCCGUCCCUCCCUCCCUCCUGCUCUGUUUCUGGCCCUUUCAUAGAUAACUAUAAAUAUAUACAAUCUCUAUUUUUUUUUUAAACUAGCUCACAGGACCAAACUUUUCCAUUCAGAGACUGAUUGCUUGCAAGAGGUAUUGGAAAUUAGGGGUUUGCCUUUGCAACAGUGUCUUCUCAGCACGCACUGCAGAUAGGCCUGAACAUUUUGGAGAGAGGGAGCUGGGGGUGGGUUGGGGAGAGAGAGAGAGAGAGAGAGCACAUCUCUCUGUUCAACAUGAGCAAGAAGAAGGAGAAAUACAUUUCUCCAGGAUUAGGGCACAGUCAGCUGCUCAGCUUGAGUCACUCAUCCACCUUAGCACCAGCCUGGUUAAGGAUCUGAAGAGCUCUGUCUUACCUUUCCAAGGGCUUCUGCAGAUAAAGCUCCUGGGAUGUGGUGCCAGCCCCUACCCUGAGCACUCCGUGAUUAGGCUGAAAGCACAGGAAAUCAGUCCCCUUACUUAGAGGAACUGCACUGCCUCCCCACACAUGGCACAGAUCCGUGUUUCACAGCUCUCCAUGGCAACUGCAUUUUCUUGAUGAAGGCAGGAGAAGAUGAGAGAGUGUGAGCAGAUGCAAUCUCCAGCACAGCUAGAGAAGGCUCCCAGGGGCUGCAUACUGCCUCCCUGUGUUGGAUACCAGCACUGGAGAGUGGGCAAUUCUCCUUCCAGAUGACACAGGACGUUUGCUCCCUCUGAAUUCAGCAGGAGGACUCUCCUCGUGCACCCGCUGCAAAGCCUUCCCCAGCAGAUGCAAGGAAAAUAGGAUGAAAGAGGGUUCCAUUCUGGGAUUUUCCUCCCAGCUCCCCCUCCAAGAGACAGAUUAUACAUUAUGCAGCAUAUACAUAUAUAUAUAUACACAUAUAUAUAUGUAGGGACAGCUCUAUACACUAUAUACACAAACUCUAAAGCACAGAAUGUAGUUCAGAACUGGAUUUAAAAAAGAUCCCCUGGGAGUGGGGGAUGUGUGUCAUCCUGACAAGGCACAUCCCUUGAACAGUUUGGAACAGUCUCUUCGAGUUUCUACAAAAGUAAGGAAAGGAAAGCAAGGCAGAACAGACCAACAAACCCCAGAGUGAUUAGGAAUGAACAAUUUCAAUAUUCCAGAGUUUGAUAAGGUACCACAAACACUGGAGUGUGUGUGAGGGUGUGUGAGCACAUUGAAAUAGGGACAAGAGAGUUGGUGGGGCAAAGUUGGUGCAAUUGAUACUGAAGUGAGCGAUGGGGAUUUUGGAGAAUCUCGGCCAACUCUCAUUCUCCUCCAGUUUGCCCUUUGUUCAGGUGUUUGUGGCACAGUCCUUUAAGUACCUUCAGAUCUCCUGAACCACCCUUCUGUGUCUGACGCUGAGAGUUUAUGAGAGGUGAAUGAAGCUGUGAGAGUCUGUGUGUUUCUAUAGUCCAUGUUUACUUAUUGUAAAUACCAUUUUUAUACUUAACAUCUAUUAUGUAUGUGAUUUGUAUAAUGUACUUUAUUUCUGCUACAAGUAAUUUCAUGAAGUUUAAACUUAGUCUAAUUUUGAACAAAACAAAAAAAAAAAAAGAAAAAAUAUGAACAAAUGCAAAAUGGGAAAAAAAAUGACUUUGGGAAUCCUAGGUCAAGCUGGUUUAAAACAAGCAUUUACAGUUUCUUCCAUCACAGUUACUGAUGUGACUGUACAAUGUUACAGGUGCGAUACAAGCUUUGUCAAUGUCAAAUUCCUCACUCUGGUCAAAAAAAAAAAAUCCUAAAUUUAUUUAAUAAAAGUUUUACUUGCUAAGUAA